AUGCUCAUAAAUAAAAACGAAAAUUUAACUGUUCUAUGGUUUGAUGAUAAAAUAGAUAUUGAAAUAAAAAAUAAAUUAGAACAUUUACACGAUCAUUGUAUAGUAUGUUCAACGAUAUCUGACUUAUUAGAAUCAAUUAAUAGAAUUCAAAACCAUAAACUAAUUUUAAUUGUAUCUAAUCUAAACUUUUUUAUUUUCCCAACAAAUCGAUUAAUUGUAUCUGGUCAAUAUUCUUGUGAAACAUUAUCACUUGUACAUGAUAAUGAAAACAUUCAUUCAAUUCAUAUUUUUUGUAGUGAUAAACAACUAUAUCAAGAUUUAUUGUAUAAUAAAAAAUAUCCGAAACUGAUCAAUAUUUAUACUGAGUAUACGUCUUUGUUUACUGCGUUAGAGAAAAACAUACGUUCAAUACUUAGACAACUAUCGUUAUUCAAAUUAUCUGAUAUGAACAAUAAAACUAUCCGCGAUCUAGAACAAGACUCUGCUGAUUAUUUAUGGUAUCAAUUGUUACGAGAUACUAUGCAGAAAUUUAAAACAGACACAUCGAAACAGGAUAUGUAUUGUCGUUCAUAUUAUCAAGGAGAUGGCGUUAGUUUAAAAGCGGUUGAUAACUUUCACCAGUCGUACGACUCAACACAAACCAUCCGAUGGUAUACAAAGAAUUUUUUUCCAUUUAAAUUUGUUAAUCAUGCACUACGAACAGAAGAUAUAGAUGCCUUAUAUAAUUUACGAUUUUUUAUUGUUGAUUUAUGUAAAAGUUUGAAACUGUUAUUCGACGAAAACUAUGAACUUUAUCAGGAAAUAUGGAAAACAUUUGAUGUUUACCGUGGAUUAACGUUACCUCAGAAAGACAUAGAACAAAUAAAGCAAUCUAUUGGUAGAUAUGUCUCGACAAACGGUUUUCUAUCCACCAGUCGAUCACGAGAAGUUGCAAAAAUAUUUGCUGCAAACGUUUUAUUCCACAUCAAAAUCGAUACUUCGUUACAAAAUAUAAUUUAUGCCGACAUUUCGCACUUGAGUGUGAUGCCAGAUGAAGAAGAGGUUUUAUUUGAUUUAGGUACAACAUUUCAAAUUACUGCUGUAGACUAUAAUGACAACAUGUGGAUUGUAUCUUUGGUCACUAUGGCUAACAUUACAAGUUUGGAAAAUGAUUUUAUCCAAACAGAACGCAGAGCCAAGCUCAUCGAUCUGGAUGCUGGGGAUAUCAGGGCUGACUCUCUUUUUGGCAUAUUUAUGUUGGAAUUGGGCUAUUAUACAAAGUCAAUUGAAUUUUUUCAGAAUUUACUAAAAAGAAGAACAACUAACUGGGACAAAUAUAUGGUUUUGAUGCUGUUAGCUGAGGCUUACAAUCGAAACAAACAGUUUGAUUUAGCAUUAGAUCAUGCCUUAGAAUCAUAUCACAUCGGUCUCAAUCUCAUGAAAGAAGAUUGUGAUUAUUGUGUGUCGCCAUACACUGAUUUAAAUGCUAUUGGAGCAAUUUAUACAAAUAGAAAACAAUAUGAUAUUGCAAUACAACACUUUGAACAAGCGCUUGUAAAUAUUGAUAUCUAUAAUCUUAAAAUAAUAGCAGAACUUCAUAAAAAUAUCGCAAUUGCUUAUUUUCAACAAGAGAAUUAUUCAUAUGCAUUGAAACAUUGUCAACAAUCGUUAGAAAUUUGGAAUGAAUUUUUACCAUCAAAUACUUUUCAUAUAGCUCAAACGCAUCAUAUUCUAGGUGAAAUCUACUAUAAAAUCGAAAAUAAUUCGUUGGCCGUUGGACAUAUACAGAAAGCGUUCUUACUAAUGAAAAAAAUUUAUCCGGAAAAUCAUCCAGACAGUGUAAGACUGUAUGAACGACUCCUUCAUCUUUACUACAACGCAGACCAGUACGAUUUAUGUAUUGAAUUUUGUGAAAAAGAAUUACAACAUAAACUGAUUACAAAAUUAUCUGAUUAUGGCACGAUUAUUAAUUUGUACAAUACACUUGGUUAUAGUUAUUAUCACAAAGAAGACUAUGAAAGGGCAAUCGAAACUUAUACAAAAUCAUUGAAAUUAACGGAUGAAAUUUUGCUUGACAAUACAGAAUUAGUUGCACAUGUACAUCACCGGAUUGGAUUAUGCCACUCUCAGGUCGACCAAUAUGACUGUGCGUUGAAACAUUACAGCAGAUCACUCGACCUGCUUAACGACUAUGUGGCUGAUGAAGAUAUUUUCGAUGAGAUUAUUGCACUUGACGACGAUAUUGCUUUUGUAUACGAGAUGAAAACGGAAUAUCCUUUGGCUAUUGAAUACUAUAUAAAAGCAUUGUCAAGAAUCGAAACAUUGGAUCAAGAAAAGUAUAAAGUUAUACGAGCACGCUUAUAUUCUAAGGUGGGAACAUUGUACAGUGAGAACGAAGAGUGGAGUCUUGCUUUACAAUAUUAUAAGAAAGCGUUAGGAAUACAGGAGAUAAUAGUACAUCAGGACGAAUUGAAAAUUGCAAACUUAAACACUGAAGUUGGAAACUGUUACGAAGAAAAACAAAAACAUAUUUUAGCCAUAAAAUAUUAUAAAAAGUCAUUAGAAGUUUACAAAAAUAAUGUAUCGGCAGACAAUUUAUCUAAAAUUGUUGAAAUACACAAGCGUCUAGGACAUUGUUUUGGUGAAAUUGGAACAAAAUUUUCUUUUCUUCUUUUUCAAAGUUUUAUGUUUUUCUUCAUUCUAUUCAUUUCUCUUUAUUGCGUUGAAUACCCAGGUCAAAGGAUCUUACUGUAA